UUCCUAGAAGGAAAAGGGAAAGGAACUGAGAGAGUAAAGACAAAAAUGGAAUCCACACACGUAAUAGCCAUUACAAAUGGAGAAGAGAAUAUGAUUCGUUCAUCAAAAGAGAAUAAAACAUUCCAAUUUCAACUUCCACCCAUUAUUUCCCAUCUUGGGAAAAAUGAAGUCCACUGUGUCUCCAUUACUUCUUCCAAUCCCAGACACAAGCAGGUGCAAAGUGGUGGCCAUGACACGAGGAAGAUAAUCCACUGCAUCAAAGUGGGAAUCUCCUUGGUUUUGGUUUCACUCCUAUACCUCUUGAACCCUCUCUUUAAGCAAGUUGGAGAAAAUGCAAUGUGGGCUAUCAUGACAGUUGUAGUCAUGUUUGAAUUCUCUGCAGGAGCCACACUAGGAAAGGGCUUCAAUCGUGGACUAGGAACUAUUAUAGGAGGAGGACUAGGUUGCUUGGCAGCAGUUUUUGCCCAAAGCAUUGGAAUUGGCAGGGUUGGCAACUCAAUUAUAAUCGGUGCUUCAGUAUUUAUAUUUGGAUCAGUAGCUACAUAUCUUCGACUGGUUCCAAGCAUAAAGAAAAGAUACGAUUAUGGGGUAAUGAUAUUCAUGCUGACUUUCAAUCUAGUUGUGGUUUCUGGCGUACGUGGGGAUGUGAAAGUGUGGGAAUUAGCCAGGGAGCGUCUCUUGAAUAUACUAAUGGGCUUCAUUGUGUGCGUUUGUGUGACUUUGUUCGUCUUCCCUUUGUGGGCCAGCGAUGAACUUCACGAUUCCACAGUCUCAACAUUCCUGGACCUUGCCAAUACAAUUCAAGGUUGUUUUGGGGAAUGUACCAAAAUCGUUAGUGGAAAGGAAAACCAACCCCGUGCUAGCUUCAACGUUUGCAAGUCAGUGUUGAACUCCAAGUCAAAGGAUGAAUCAUUGGCAAAUUUCGCAAAAUGGGAACCCUGGCAUGGAAAAUUCGGAUUUUCCUACCCUUGGGGAAGGUACUUAAAGAUUGGUGAAGUUCUUCGAGAACUGGCUGCAUUUAUUCUUGCAGCAGGACACUGCCUUGAAGCAUCAAAAGAGCCCAUGGCAUCUUUGAGGCAGUCACAAUGGGUCCAUUUAGAAACAUGCGAAGCAGUUGAGACGAAGGUUGUGUAUAUUCUACGAGAACUUGGUGAAAGCAUGAAGCAAAUGAGGAAAUGUGAUGCAAAGGACAACAUUUGGGACCAGUUGAAAAAUGCCAGAGAAGAUUUAAGCUUGAUAAUUUCCACAUCCAAAAUGGUGGAGCUUGAGGAUUGCCAAGUGCUAGCAAUUGCUAGCUUCGUGUUCUUGCUCAUGGAAGUGGUAGGGAAGGUUGAGGAAUUGGUCAAAGAGGUGGAGGAGCUAGGAGACAUUGCUGGUUUUCGCACCACCACAACUUCAUUGUCUUCGUAGACACCAACUUUGUAUACAAUGAUAGUAUGUAUAAACCACUUCCCAAUUUUGGGUCAUGAAUUAGAAAUAUGUAUUUGAGUGUAUCAUCCAAGGUAUAGUAAUCGAGGUCAGAUGCAAUUAGGUAUUUAACUGUGUUUGUAUUAAUGAAAAUGAAAAAAAAUUAAUGAAGUGUCAUAACUGCUAAA